UGCUUCUGCAAGGCUUGCAAGAGCUGCUGUAUUUUCUUCGGAGUUUCGAUUUUGCGAGCCAAAAUUAUGAAAAACAAAAAGCCUUUAGUUUUACGAUCUUGAUCUUCGAACUUUUAGGUUUUGCUGCAGCAGCAGCAAGUUUGUUUAAGAUCAGUGGAGGUGCUACUAUUGUUGCGAGAUAUAGAUACGGAAAAAUUGAACUUGAAGAUAAAGGUAAGAGGACGACUUGAUAAAAGAGCCAUGGCAUCUGCGUCGAGCGCCUCUUCGUCUUCCGCCCCAGUUGCAGCAGCAGGAAACGCUGUAGAGCCUCCGGUCUCGCAGCGUCCACCAACUUUUUCCGAUUUGUUGCUGCAGGGUAAGAAGCACCACGGCAAAGGAAAGAAAUACGAUGAGUGGAUCGGUGCGGCGAAAGAGGUCUACGAAAAGGAUUUCUCAAAGCAUGUAGUGGGCGCCAUGGUAUAGCUUUUUCUUCAACUGCUUGCUGGCAUUUGGGGGCUAAGUGUAGUUUGUUAUUCAGUUUAUGACAAGGAGGAGGACUGCUAGGACUGUCGCAAAUAUCAAAGCGUUCUUGACGCAGAACGCCGUGCUUCAUCAUAUGUGCUUAUUUCUCUCUAGGUCUAGCUCUAGAGAUAUCAGCAGAGAAAUCCACAGUAAAUGUAAGUAAACGAAUCGCAGGUUGGUGCUCUUCAAUUUGCCACGUACCGGAGACAUACAGCCCCAAAGAGGUUGCCGAACGAAAUAGUUGGCAUCGUGCGCGAGUUUGUUGGACCCUUAGACGAGCGUUUCGUCGAUUCUGGAUCGAAAAAAACCUUGGAAGACAUCUCUGAUACUCGACGAGCCCGCGACUUGAUUGCAGCAACGGAGUACUUUGUGAACCUCGCAAAAAAUGCGGCGCAGGAAGGCGGGGGAAGUUUCAAAAUCACACCGGAGAUCCGGGACGCUGCACCAAAAUGCGGAGAUGGUUCCGCUGUGCCAAUGCCACAGAUUCUCGCACUUCUUGAGCGCAAAGAAUACGCAAUAACGAACCGCCACGAAGAGAUUUUCAACGCCGCUACGGAAGACCGCUUUCGUCUAAACGAUGAAGCGUUUCCAAUCACGAUAGAAUUCAACGAUCCCAACAAUGACGUCUUCAUAUUGUACAUGCGCGACCUUGCAGCCAAGUUAGAAUCCUCGGGAGAGAAGCCGCUCGAGGAGGCGCGACUGAUCGCCGUUUCCCAUACGAGCGACUUCAUGCGUGAAUUCUCGAUGACCCUCGGCGAAACCCAGCAGAAAGUGCUCAGCUAUAUCAAGGGACUAGUUAUGUCUGCAAUCCGCAAUGGUGACAGUGAGUUUCUGCUCACAGAAGAAAUCUACGACCAGGCACCUCGUCUUGGGAACGGUAAGCGAUGUCCGUUCUUCCGGCGGGAUGCCCGGGCUCUGAGUUUGACUCUCGACCACUACCCGGUGCAUUGGAUGAUCACUUUGCUGAAUGACACAAGAGGUUUCCAUGUGCGGCCAGGGCGCAAUGCCGACGGCUUCGAUGAUUUUCCAGUUCGGAUCGUGCUAGUGGAUGCUUGAAGCUACAGCUACUGAGCCUGUACUUAACAGGUGUGCAACCUUUGGGAUUUGUAAAAUCAGUUUCUGUUUAUAUUGGAUGAUCACGCAAAUAUGAAGGCAACGCGCAGUAGCGAGCUCACCCGGACGCGCAUCCGAUGUAGUCUUUAAGUGGCCUCUUUUGUAACGAAAGAGAAU